AUGAAUCAAGAACAAAUAUCAAAACGAUUACCUAGACCUGAUCUUCGUGUUAAUCCAGCAAAAUGGAGUGCUGCACAGAGUGGUGGAUACGCUUCACGAAUUGCCAUUAUUGCAACUGUAACAGCUGUUAUUGGUGGACUUAGUCUCGUAUUUUUUUAUCCUUAUAUGAACAUUGAUCGAUUUCGUAACAUUCAAAAAGUUACUCGAGCUGGAAUCAAUCCUGAAGACGUACAACCAGCUGGUUUGCCUGUUUGGCGUGAUCCAUUCGAUAGAAAAAAAGCUGGAUAA